UGAAACGUUAUGUAUGCAUAGUCAUGGCUAUGACUGAGAAAAUGAAGGUUAGUUUGUUAACGUAUCAUAUGGAAUUGCAUUUGUGGAGUGUUAAAUACUAUGUCUUUAUUGUUUGUGAUGGUUGCAUCAAAACCCUUCAUCACAAUUUUGGACAAGGCAUGUUUAAUCAGUUAUAAAUAUUAAAAGGAAAAAAGAUAUACGAAACAAAAAUGCCUAAGGGAGAAAGCUUUUCGGGAGAAUCUACGCCUCUUUUAUCAAAUAGUUCGUCAUUUGAACAUGAAACGAUCGGAGAUCAUUUGAAACAACCCAACAGUAUAGAUAUAGAUCGCUCAAUAACGUGUGGAGAUGGGACAAAGACAGGCAAAGUAGAAUAUGAGAUAUUUACAGCUUCCGGUAAGCACGUGCUUGAUCAACCUGAAGAAGUGUCAACAGGAACAACGAAUACAGAAAGUUUGAUGCAUCUGCUGAAGUGUAUGAUUGGAACUGGAGUUAUGGGACUUCCGAUGGCUUACAAAAAUGGAGGACUUUGGAUGGGUUUGGCAGUCGUAUCUUUGAUGGGAGUUAUAUGUACACAUUGUAUGCACAUACUUGUUCAGUCUAGCAAUGAGCUCAGUAUCAGAACAAAGAAAACACAUUUAGACUAUGCAAGCGUGAUAGAAAAUGCAUGUGACACCAGAAAUGACUGGAUGAGAAAUUGGAGCAACAGUGCCAAAAAUUUGGUAAAUAUACUGUUAAUUGUUACACAGCUCGGAAUCUGCUGCACUUAUAUUGUGUUCGUCACCGACAAUAUUAAGCAAGUUUUGGAACAGGCCGGCCUGGUGCCAAUAGAUUCCAGAAUUUAUGUCGUGAUAAUUUCAGUUCUUCUUGUACCUUAUGUAAUAGUGAAACAACUUAAAACUCUAGCACCAUUUUCUGCAUUUGCUAAUGUUCUAAACUGUAUCGGAUUUGUAUUGAUUUUAGUGAAUUUGUUUCAAGACUUACCGGAUUAUACUGAACGUCCAUCUGUUGCAGAUAUAGGGACUAUUCCAUUGUUCUUUGCGCAAGCCCUGUUUGCAUUUGAAGCUAUCGGAAUGGUACUACCACUGCAUAUGAAAAUGAUUGAUAAACCUGCAUUUCUCGGCAAAGCUGGGGUGUUAAAUCUUGGUCUGACCAUAACUAUUGCCCUGUACAAUGCAGUUGGUUUCUAUGGUUUCCUGAAAUAUGGAGAGGAUACACAACCCAGUAUCACUCUUAACUUACCUAAUGAUGAAUGGCUAUAUCUUUCUGUCAAAAUAAUGUUUAGCGUGUCUGUGUACAUCACGUUCGCACUGCAGUUCUAUGUACCAAUGACCAUCCUGUGGCCUAUAAUUGAACAUAAAGCUAAGGCGACCGGAAGGUUAUUACCAACAUAUGCUGAAAAUGUCUUUAGGUUUUUACUAGUUUUAUUGACAUGCGGAUUAUCAGCUCUAGUUCCUCACUUAGACCUACUAAUAGCCCUGAUAGGAGCGUUUGCGGGCACAUUUCUGGCAAUCAUACUUCCAGCAGUUAUAGAACUCUUAACAUUCCAAUGCAGUAUCACAGUCUGGAUCAAGAACGGAUUCAUAAUUGGUAUAGGAUUAACGGGGUUUGCAACUGGAACAGUCACAACCAUUAUUGAAAUUAUAAGGACAUUUUAAGUGCAAUGAACAAGCAGCUCACAAACGAGUACUGACGUCUUAUUUACAUUAAAUAUUUCUUUGCUCGUGCAAUAUUUAUCUGGCAAGUACAUUAUUGAACAGCGUCUGUUCUGCUAUUACAGGACAACCUUUAACAAUAGCAUUAUUAUAUUAAUAAAUGCGUUAUCAUGCCAUAACUCUUCAUUUAGUGUGUUCUGAACUCUUCCGUAUAUAUCACAUGCAUGAUUUGAACGCUUCAAUUCCCAAUGAAGUGAAACGGAACUUCUUAAAAGCUGAUUAUAUACACGGAGAAAUUGUGCUAAAUGGAUUGGGUGAAACAUUUAAUAUCUUACCGCGUUUUGUUUAAAUACUUAAAAGCUGGAAGGCCAAAAUAAACAUAGAUCGGAAUAAAAAGAAAACGUUGCUGUAAAUGACCAACAUGGUGCAAAGCCAUUAUUGUCACGAACACGUGCCUAGAAUUAUGCAUAUCAUUUUUAUGAAAUUUUUAGUAUACGAUGUGUUCAAAUAUAAUUGAAAUAGAUGCGUUAAAAUCUGUUAAACUUAACGUAUGGAGAUCGUGGUCUUGCCAUGUUAAGAGUUUUCUUCAUUGUCAGUAAACUUUGGAAUGAUU